UGGGGAUAGACAGACCGCAGGGCUGUGAACUCUUCUAUACCAAGACUCUGUGUGUACAAGGAAAAGUGUUCCAAUCCUCUGCAAGCCGUAAAGAGCGUCCCGUUCGAAGCUUCUUCGGCCCAGUGACAAGAAAUCUGAAACCAAUCUACGUGGAAGAUCCCAGAGGAAUGUCUCGCCAAAUCACUGUUUUGAUUAUUGGAGCCGGGAGCCGGGGAAAGACUUAUGCCAGUUAUGCUCUGUUGCUUCCUGCACGCAUGAAGGUGGUUGGCGUGGCAGACCCCCGUGCUUUUCCGAGAAAAGACCUGCAGGAAGCUCAUAACUUGGAUGAGAACAACGUAUUUGAUGAUUGGAGAGCUGCGGCUGAGAGAGAGAAGUUUGCCGAUGCUGUUAUCAUAGCAACCCCUGAUAGGCUUCAUAAGGCUCCAGCUGUGGCUUUUGCUCAGAAAGGAUAUCACAUCUUGCUGGAGAAACCCAUGGCGGUAACACCAGAGGACUGCAAAGAGAUUGUACUGGCCUGUAAAACCCACAACUGCAUCCUUGUGGUAUGCCACGUCCUGCGUUACCACCCAGUCACCCUGAAGAUAAAGGAACUGCUAGAUGCUGGGACAAUUGGAGACAUCUGCCACAUCCAACAUAUGGAGCCGGUUGGCUUUUGGCAUUUCGCACAUUCCUUCGUGCGAGGAAACUGGAGGAACGAAGCCGAGAGUACGUUUUCCUUGCUGGCCAAAUCCUGCCAUGACAUUGAUCUCAUUAAUUUUUGGAUGGGUGGUAAAAGGUGCUUGAAGAUUUCCUCUUUCGGUAGCCUCUCCCAUUUCACAAAAGACCACAAGCCCCAAGGAGCUGCCAGCCGCUGUUUAGACUGUCCAGUUGAGCAAAAUUGUCCGUAUUCUGCUCAGAAGGUUUAUCUGAAGCCUGCAGAGCAGGGUAACUUUCAUUGGCCCGUAUCAGUAGUGUGCAGCAGCGGGGAGUAUGAUAUCGAAGCGCUGACUGAUGCUUUGCGCCAUGGCCCCUAUGGAAGGUGUGUGUACGAGUGUGACAAUGAUGUGGUUACUAACCAGGUUGUAAACAUGGAGUUUGAAGGUGGACGUACCGCAGCUUUUACAAUGAUCGCAUUUACAGAGAGGCUGGGUGUGCGGAAAACCACCAUCUAUGGCACCAAGGGACAGCUCUCCUGCAGAGGUAGUGGACCAGUGAAAGUUUUCGAUUUUCUCCAGAGGAAGAAACUGACCUUUCAACCGGAAAGGGCAUUCUCCGUCGUUGGGUGUUUAGGCGGUCACGAUGGUGCAGAUUUUGACCUGAUGGAGAGCUUUGUUGCAGCAGUUGCCGACAAUAAUCCAUCCCUCAUUCGGAGUGGAGCAGAAGACACCUUAAACUCACACCUCCUUGUGUUUGAAGCAGAGAGGGCCAGAAAAGAGAACCGGGUUGUGUUUUUGGAAACGUGAAGAGGACUGGAAUCUCUGCGUCGUCCACCAAAUUGCUUGAUAAUCAGCUUGCUAAAACAGCUGAGCUUUUAUGCCGCUCUCUUUUUGAAGCACUCUUUCUGCCUACGGAGAAACUUGCUCCCGUUUGUAACUGACUACUAAAAAAAGCUUGCAUCUCACAGUGAAACAAAGAAGGGACGUGACUGCUGUGUUUGUAAUGCUGAUUGUUGUCAUGGAUAAUGAGAGACUUGUAGAAAAAGUCAUUCUAUCUCACAGUCUGUAUAAAAUUAUACAGAGCAGAGAUUUCAUUUCAUUCUCCUAAAUCUUAUUUAGUUACCAACACAUCUCUGUGCUGCUCAUAUAUUUGGACCUAGGGGCGUUUUUGGGAUUCAGCUACCAGCUGAGAUUUUAAGAAAAAUUGAGAGGUUGUUUCCCCCCAAUUAUAUAGUUGAAAAUUGAGAAUAAAAUCAAAAUUAAAACAGAGAAUGAUCAAAAGAGAGAAUUAGGUAAUACAUAUUUACAAUGUUAUUAGUUAUGAAGAUAGAUGGAAAAGAUAGAAUACAGAUAUUUAAAUAGAAGUGAAAUAUUAAAAGCAAAAUUUAAGUAAGUUCUAUAUAAAUGUAUGAUUUUUAAUAUAAAUGAUUGUUUAUAUUUUAUGCUUGUUAUGUUUAUAAACUGAUUUUUUUAAAAAAAACUACCAGCUGAGAUUUUGGAACGCUGAAUUUUGGAGCUUCUCUCACCUCUGAUAGGGAAGCAGCUAUGUGGAUAAACACACCUGAUGAAGUAGGCUGUUUGCUAUGAGAUUCCCCAUUUCCUAAACCCUCCUAAACCAUGAGCCAAGCUACAAGUGACAUUUUUCACGUGAAG